AUGGAGGAACACCAGGAAAAGGUCGCGGCCAUCGCCGCCAAAGUCCGGAGUUUCGGCGAACAGGGAGUCAAGUAUCGCAUAUCCCACGGCUCCACCAACAGCACCAGGCCUUCGGCCACGCGGCGUGACCACAACGUCCUCGAUCUGAGCAGUCUGUGCCGGGUGCUCAAGGUCGACCGGGAGGCUCUCACGGCGUGGGUGGAACCGAACGUGGCCAUGGACGGACUGGUCGAAGAGACGCUGAAGCACGGGCUCAUUCCUCUGGUGGUCAUGGAAUUCCCAGGCAUCACCGUGGGCGGCGGAUACGCGGGCACGUGUGGCGAGAGCAGCUCGUUCAAACACGGCUUCUUCGACCGCACCCUCAACUGGGUGGAGAUGAUCCUCGCCAGCGGCGAGGUGGUCCGCUGCUCCCGGACGGAGCGCGCCGACCUCUUCCACGGCGCGGCGGGCGCGGCGGGCAGCCUGGGGACCACGACGCUGGUCGAGAUCCGGCUGCGGGCCGCCAAGCGCUUCGUCGAGACGACGUACCACCCGGUGGCGAGCGCGGCCGAGGCCGUCGCAAAGUGCAAGGCCCUCAUCCAUGACGCCUCGCUCGAGUACGUCGACGGCAUCCUCUUCUCGCCCACGCACGGCGCCGUCGUCGCCGGCCGCCCGACGGACACGCCGGCCGCGGGCGCGCCGACGCAGUGCUUCAGCGCCGCCGAGGACCCGUGGUUCUACCUGCACGUCGAGGAGCGCACGCGGCAGCACGCCGCCGGCGGCGAGGCCGUCACCGAGGCCAUCCCCCUCGCCGAGUACCUGUUCCGGUACGACCGCGGCGGCUUCUGGGUCGGGCGCCAGGCCUUCGACUACUUCGGCUGCCCCUUCACCGCCGCCACGCGCCGCUGGUUCGACGACAUCCUGCACACGCGCAUGCUGUACCUGGCGCUGCACGCGAGCGGCCAGUCGCGGCGCUACAUCGUGCAGGACGUGGCGCUGCCCUUUGCCGCGGCCGAGGCCUUCAUCGCGCACGUCGGCGGCGGCGUUGACGACGACCACGACCACGACGACAAACACGACGACGACGAGCGCCCGCUGGGCAUCUGGCCGCUGUGGCUGUGCCCGGUGAAGCAGAGCCCACCGCCGACGCUGCACCCGCACAACCACAGCGCGGCGGCGCUCGAAGCCGACGGGCAGACGCUGCAGCCUCUGCUCAACGUUGGCGUAUGGGGCGUCGGCCCAGCCGAGCACGGCGCCUUCGUGCGGGCGAACCGGGCGCUGGAGCGCAAGGCGCGCGCGCUGGGCGGCAUGAAGUGGCUGUACGCGCACGCCUACUACGCCGAGGACGAGUUCUGGGCCGACUUCGACGCGGCGUGGUACGAGGGGUUGCGCGACAGGUACGGCGCGAAGGGGCUGCUGCCGAGCCUGUACGAGAAGGUGAGGGUGGACGUGGCGGCGCCCGAGGAGCGCGCGUGGGCGGCGGCGUCGUGGUGGGUCGAGCGCGCGCGCGCGACGUGGCCGGUCGGCGGGGUUUGGGCGCUCGUGGCCGCGAUUCACAGCGGGCAGCACCGGCGCGCGAGGGAGGCGACGUGGAAGUGGCCGAGGUAG